CUCGAUACACUUUUGUUAUUUUUGGCGUGCCAUAACUUCACGUACGUCAUACGUUGCGAAGCAGGAAAUUGAGUCUUUCUGAAAUUCUCACGGAAGAAAACCAAAUUACAUGGUGAAAAUGGUAAAGACAAAUUUAGUAUUUUCGACUAUUACAUUGAUCACAUUUCUUGGUCUUGCCAAAGGAACAAUAAUAUCUCCACCUGAUGGUCAAAAAUUUGUAUUUUUGCCUGGAUCUUCUCACAAUAUAACUUGGACAUUAAAUAAGAUUGGAAACUUUCUUUUUCGGAGCUGGACCUUUAGGACAUUUGACACUCCUUCUUCUGCAGCUCAAGUAAUUGUAAGAAUAAUUGAUGAUAAAAAACCACAUUAUCGUACAUCAGUCCUUAAGUCUUUGGGUUUAGAUGUUGAAGUUUUUAAACCUGCAACUCUAAUGUUAAAGAAUGUUACUCAAAGUUACAUUGGUGUUUAUAAAUUUUCUAUCCAUGCUCCUGCUCCCUUUGGCUCAUCUGUUGAAGUGUUUAUUGCAAUGAAACCAAAGGUAGUAAUUAAUUGUUCAACUCCUCUGGUUGUGAAUGAAAGUGAUAAUGUAUCAUGUGUAUGUAGAGGUGAAGGAGGUAUCCCUCCUGCUAAUGUCACAUGGUUUGAUAAAGAUAACAACAUAAUUGGUGAUGUUGGAGUUGUAAAUAAGACAUUAGUAAUCACUAAUGUUGCAGUGAAUGAUGGUGGAACUUACACAUGUAAAGCACAAAGUUAUAAUGAUCCACGUUUUAGAGAUCAGAAGUCUAUUGAAAUAGUAGUGCAAUACCGACCACGAAAAACCAAUAUUACCAUCAGUCAAAUGCCAGCCACAAAAGGUCAAAAUGUGAGAAUAUCCUGUGAGUCAGAUGGGCAUCCUGAACCAACCUACACCAUUUACCACAAUGGUACUGAUAACACCUCUGUUGUCAGCAAUGAAAAAACACACACAAUUCAUUCCGUCAACUUCAUUGAUGCUGGUUCAUAUCGUUGUGAAGCAAAGAAUAAACUGGGAAAUGAUUUAUCUGAGGUUAAAAAUCUCACUGUCAACCGAGAUAUAAAUCCCACUUCCACUAACAACGAAGGUAAAAUUAAGAACCUCAGUUUAUCACUUGUUGGACUUUUAUUUUGCAUUAUGUACGAACUUUCUUGGUAGCAAAUGGUGAAAGACCGAUGUUUAUCUUAUUGUAAUUAGCAUUAGACUUCUUGAAUGCACUUGAAUACCCUUAUAACAAUAAAAUUUCAGUAAACAACGAAGAUUGCUCUGAUUACAUAACUUUUUACUGGCUCGUGUGGUAAAACAAAGACUGGCAAUGUCUGCAUGCUGCAUUAACCAUAACAUUUUUUUUUAUGAAUAUAUAUUCUUCAAUGACUAUCAGUAAAAAUAUGUUUAACUUAUCUGUAUUCCCCAGUAUAAUCAUUAAAGUGUUUAUAAACGUAAA